AAAAGAGGAAAUCAUGACCUCGUGUUACGCAUUGAGCACGGCUGAAGGAGAGCAGAACUGAGAAACGCUCAGACACGCGCGGGUUUAUUCCUGGGAAAACACACCGGAUGCUGCGCACUAUCAUCAUCAUCAUCAUCAUCAUCACCAGCGGCGGGAGUGAUGAUACGGGUGAAAGGCGAUAUAUCUCUCCCAUCGCGCAGGAUGGUCUUUGCGGGCCGUGAGCUAAAUUCUCCUCUCCUUAUCUCUGCGUCUCAUGCAGCUCAAGUGCGGCGCUAUGUUUCCGCGUUCCCAAAGCGCGCUCAUUUCUGCGCUACUCAUCCAUCCCUACACCAAACCGGUUUCACCUGAUUCUCCGCUCGGCUGGCUCGCAUAGCGCUGACUGUACUACAAAAGGGAGGGCGAGAGACACCUUACAGAGCUAUAACGAGCCUUAAUGAAGAAGAAGGACGCGCGGGAUCUGUGAUCGGUUUAUUCUGGUCGCUGGACCGUUCUUGACGUGCGCCGUCGGAACCAGGAGUGGAGUGGAGUGGAGUGGAGGGGAGCUGGGCUGGAGGGAGGAAAUAGACAGGAAAGACUGCGGGGGGAAUGGAGCAGUGCUGCCGCGCGUGCAUGCCCUGUCUAAACCGCUUGUGGAACUGGUUAUGGCCUGAACUGUACUAUCCGAGCGGUACUCCGGCGGCGGAAAUCCGCACGGUGUCGGGGGAGCUCCGCGUGCCGCAGCCCAAGAAGCGGCCUGCGCAGCUUUACGCCGCCCUGUACGACUUCGAAGCCCGCAGCGAGGAGGAGCUGUCGGUAAAAGAAGGAGACAAGCUGUCGGUAAUCGAAAAGCGAGGGAAUUAUGUGCUGGCCAAAAAACUCACAGGAAGCCUCGAGUCCGGCCUGGUACCGGCCAACUACAUCGCGAUGCUGCAGGACGAAUUUGCUAAAUACAAAUGGUACUAUGGGAACAUAAACAGACAGAAAGCUGAGAAGCUGCUUUUGGGUCCCCAAAAUAAAACUGGUUCUUUCCUAGUUCGAAUCAGUGAAAGUCACAGUGAUGAAUACACCAUCUCAGCCAGGAGUGAAACCGCUGUCUUCCAUUUCCGUAUCCAUCGUUCUUCAGUCGGUGCUUACUUUGUGUCUGAUAAAAUCUCCUUUGCCACUUUGGAAGAGCUUAUCAAAUACUAUCAGAACAACCCCAAGAGCCUGGGAUGCCCCCUGGACCAGCCGUGCGUACAGGAGAGAGAGCUUUUUGACAUGGAGCCAUGGGAGACGCCGAGAGAAGAGUUUAAGCCGAUCAGGAAACUUGGGGAAGGGCAUUUUGGCGAGGUAUGGGAAGCUGUAUGGACUACUAAGAAACAGAAAGUGGCCAUUAAAAUGUUGAAACAAGAGGACACCAAACUGGAUGAGUUUGUGAAGGAAGUCCAUGCACUGAAAAACCUGCACCACCCAAAGCUCAUUCAGCUGCUUGCACUGUGUACACGGGGAGAACCUGUCUACAUCAUCACUGAACUCAUGGCCAAUGGCAGCCUCAAGUCCUACCUUGCCACCCCAGAAGGACAGGUUUUGACCUCAGCUCAUCUGAUAUACAUGGCUGGUCAGGUUGCAGAAGGGAUGGCCUACUUGGAGGACCGGCACAUUGUCCACCGAGAUCUGGCUGCCAGAAACAUCCUGGUGGGAAGUGACCUGGAGUGUAAAGUGGCUGAUUUCGGCUUGGCUCGUAUUAUUAAGGACAGCGUGUACACCGCCAGUAGGAACACUAAGAUCCCUGUGCGGUGGACAGCUCCUGAAGCGGCUCUGCACCAGCGCUUCUCUGUUAAGUCUGAUGUCUGGUCCUUUGGAGUGCUGCUCUAUGAGAUUAUGUCACGGGGGAAGAUGCCAUACGAGGGUAAAACCAAUAAGGAAGUGUUGGAGAUACUUGCUUCAGGUUACAGAUUGCCAUGUCCAGGUCGCUGUCCUCCCAAUAUCUACCGCAUGAUGAUGGAGUGCUGGGCAGCUGAAAGCAGCAAACGACCAUCAUUUCAUGCACUGCACAGCCAACUGGACAAUAUCUACUCCAGAAUCUACUACAAAACCAUUGAGGUGUAGAACCUAAGUCUGAUGAGGAGCACAAAACAGUCACACAGGAGAGCAAAUGAAGGGAUUUACUGAUGGUUUACUGAUGCCGGCUCAGAUAGAGACUGAUGGCCUCUCCCUGCCAAAACUGUAUUUAUGAAUGAUGUUUUUUUUUUUUGUUUGUUUGUUUGUUUUUUUUAUGAUGAAGUGCAAUAAUGUAAAGGAACAGAAAAGAAAAGCAGAAAAGACAUACAGCAGUGGCAUGGUCAAUUGCUGACCAAUGAUCUGUAUGUGAUGUGUCUUGGGUUUUUUGGGUGGUGAUCCCUAACAGUGUUCAGCCUGUGUUGUUCUCCACUGCUGCCCACACAGAGACUCAAGCUUUAGGAUCAAUAGUAGUGUAUCUAAUCAAUUUCUGCUUUCCAGUGAGUGCUUUGUUUACUAGUAGUUCACCUGCCAACUGUGGACUUUCUACCAAUGAACAAAUAGGUGGAGAGAACUAAGACUGUUACAUCUAAUGGAGCAUCUGAGGAGGUUUAUUUUAAACCUGUUAAAUCUCUGCUGCUGGAAAAAAAUAAAUAAAAUAUAUAUAUAUAUAAAUAUAUAUAUAUAUAUAUAUAUAUAUAUAUAUAUAUAUAUAUAUAUAUAUAUAUAUAUUUGCUUGCUUCCACAUGAGAUCUGAGCACGUACACUGUGGGGGAAUCUAUAAGCAGCAGCCACAGUUAUCUUCCUGUCCCUCUGGAUGCAUUCUUCUGUCAGUCUGGAUGCCUCUUAUACAUGGAAAUAAUUUCUGUGAUCAAUGUCUUCCUAAUCAUUACAAGGAAAUUAUGCACCGUGAGUUCGAAAGAUAUUUUAAAAUAAAGUAUUUUUUGAAUAUA